AUGAAUUAUUCAAAUGACAUAUCCUUUUCAGAUAUACAAAAAAAUGAAAAGAAAAAAAAAAAAAGGAAAAAACAAAACUUUUAUUCAACAUAUAACCAUGAUGAAGAGCAACUAGAGCAAGAGGAAGACGAUCUUCAAGAUGAACAUGAAUAUUUAUAUAAUAACAAAAAUAAAAGUUUCAAAAAUGUAAAUAAUGAAGAAUAUUUGAUGAAACCUGUUAAAUUCGUAAGUGCAGGUUUUCUAAAUAAUAAGAAAAAUAUAAAUAAUAAUGAAGAAUAUGAAAAUAAUGUAAUAAAUAAUUUUAAUGAUUAUUCCUCUGAUAAUGAUUCAGAUGAUUAUGACGAAUAUGAUGUCUUCAAACAUUUUGUAUUUGAUUUUAAUUUUCAUAUAAAAAAGAAAGAUGAAGAUUUUAUUAAAGAUAAUUUGAAAAAGUAUAAUCUUACAGAAUUAAAAGAUAAAGAUAAGAAUUUCGAGCAAUAUGGUUUAGGUUUUAAAAUAUUACGAAAAAUGGGAUACGAAGAUGGUAUUGGAAAAAAUAUGAAAACAAAUAUUGCACCUAUUGAACUUAACAAAAAAGAUAUAAAAGUUAUUGAAGAAAAAGACCAUAAUAGUACUAAAAAUAAAAUUUAUAAUCAUAUAUAUGAUGAUAGUGACCAGUAUGAUAAUAUACAUAAUCAUAUUCAUUCAGAUGAAAGUCAGGAUUUCAAUUUCCAUGAUGAUAUAGAUAGAAACAAUUUAUGGAUGAAAAAAUAUAGUUCAAAAAAAUAUUGGAAUUUUAAAAAAAUUAAAAAUGAAAUUAUUGCAGAUUUAAAAUUUAAUCAAUCAACAUAUAUAGAUCAUUCUUUAAAAUGUCAAAAUGAAUAUUUUAAUGAAUCAAAAAAUAUAUCAAAUCUUCAAAUUCUCAAAUAUAAUUUGAAUAUACAUAUUCAAAAUAUAACAUUAAAUUAUUUUACAAAUAUGAAAAAACAAAAACAAUCAGAAAAUAAAAUCAAAAAUUAUAGAAAUUAUGUUAAUAAAAACGAUCUUUAUAAAAUUCAAUUGUCCAUACUUAAAAAUAUGUUAACAUAUAAAUAUCUAUUAAAUAUUCAUACCAUUUUAAUGUAUCCCAAAUUAUUUAACCAAAUGACAUACAAUCAAUAUAUUUUUGCGCUUACAAAUUUUAAGGACAAUAAUGAAAAUGAAGAUUUAUCAAAUAUUAAUAAUAUGUCAAAUGUUAUUGAUGAUACAUGCCAAAAAGAAUAUAAUACGAAUCAAUAUAAUAAUGUAAACAUAAAAUUAAUUAAAUUAACAAACAAACCAUUUUGUUCCGAUACAAAUAAUGUAUUUCCUUUUAAACAAGAAUUUGUAAAAAAUGAUGUUACACAAGAAGAUAUACAAUAUAAUAUUGAUGAAAAUAAUUUUGAACAAAACUUAAAUGACCUAAUAAUUCAGAAAUAUAAUUCCUUGUAUGAACAUGGAUUCUUCCCCAUAAAAAAAAAAAAAAAAUCCAACCCCCAAAAAGAAACAAACAAUACCUUCUCAAAUAAUAAUGAUUAUACCUAUAAAGUCUUAGAUAAAAUAAACGAAAUAAAUAAUUUAAUACAAAUAGAUAACAUUCAAAUUCAUAAAAAGAAUUCAGAAUUAUCUUUAAGUGAUCUUUAUACCUUCUUAUUUUUCAUAUAUGAAAAUUCAAAUUUCAUGUGCUUAAAUACAUAUGUUUCUAACUUCUUCUUAGAAUUUUUGAGAAUUUAUUUUUAUAACAAGAUGAAACAAAAUGAAACAAAUGAACAAGAAAUCAAAUUAGAAAAUAAAAAUGAACAUGAUAUUGAUACAAAUAUAAAUGUAAAUCAAACAGAUCAAGAAAAUAUUAUACAACAACAAGUAUAUUUAAAUACAACAAAUAACAAUAUAUAUUUAAGUGAUGACAAUAAGGAUGAACAUUAUAUGUUUCAUCAUAAUAAUAAUAAUAAUAAUAUUUAUAAUAAUAAUAUUGUUUCUUAUUAUACAUAUAAUUUCAACCAAAAUGAUAUAAAAUAUUUAAUACAUUUAAAAAAAAUUAUUCUCAUGGGAAUUGAACAAAACAAAAAAUCUUAUUAUGAACAAUUAGAAUACGAAUUUGAUAAUAUAAUAUAUUACAAUUUAAUUUAUUCAUGUAGACACAUAAAAAAUUCUACUGAUCUUUUUUCUCAUCUCAAUCUUUUUAAAGAUGUUAUAAAUAAAAAAUAUUAUAAAAAAAUAUUAAUUCAUUUUAUUCAAAAUAAUAUUAUUUUAACAAAUUCCAUGGACACACAAACAUUUCAACUUAAUCAACAUUUAAUACAAGAUAUACAAAAGAAAUUACAAAUAUUAUAUGAUAUAAAUAAACAAUAUGAUAUUAAUGAUCUUAUUUAUAAUUAUUAUGUUAAUUAUAUAUUCAUAUAUUUGCAAAAAUCUUCUAUAUCUGAAUAUUAUAUACAAUUAAUUCAAAUAUCUCUUAUGAAUAAUCAAAUAUACAAAAAACAAAUAUUACAUUUUAUUGUAAAAAAAAUUAUUCAAGAAUUAACAAAUAUCAACUUUUUGGAUGAUCAAUAUUUAAUUAAUAUCAAAUCAAUAUUAAUAUUAUACAAUUCUAUUGAUCUUAAUAUAUUUAAUUUUCUUUUCAAAGUUUAUUUUCUUUAUCCUUUUACAAAAUAUGUCUGUAACUAUUUAAGACAAAUAAAACAUUUCUCUGAACAAGAAGACCAACCGAUAAGCGAUACCUCAAAAAAUGAUAUAAACAAAAAUAAGGACUUACAUAACCAAUCUAAUAAUAUAAACAAUAAUAAUAUUCAUAAUAAUGAUUAUUAUAAUGAAAAACAUGAAAUAGGAAAUACGAAAGAACAAAAUAUAGACAAAACAAAUAUAAUAAUGCUUAAAAAAAAAUAUAUAUAUGAAAUGUUUAAAAAUGUCAAAUCCAUUUUUGAAAACAACAUAAUGAAAGAUGAUUCAAUUAAAAAUAUUAUGUUUAGUAUAUUAAAUGUUAUUAAAUCAUAUUUGGUAGAAGAUAAAAUUAUCACAUUCCCUGUAGAAAAAGUACUUGAUUUUGAUAAAAAUAAAAUUUCAUCAGAUGAUCAAAUUAAUUAUUACUUUUUAUAUAAGGACAUUAAAAUACCCCUUCCAUCUUAUGCUAUACCACAAACAAAUAACAUAUAUCAAAUAAAUUAUAAAAAGAAAUUACAACACGUUAAUACAAAUAAAGAAAAAUAUACCGACUACAAAUUCUCCUCAAAAAAAUUUCUUCAUGUAAUGAACAAAUUAGAUCAACAUCGUAAUGAAUUUAAAAAUAAAUAUCAAAACGAACAAGAUGAAGAUAUUAAUGCAAAAAUAUAUUUGCAGAAAUAUUGUUUACAAAAUGAUAUUCUAUUUAUUCAAAAAUAUGAUCGUAAAAUUAAUGGACAUCCAGUGUAUUCAAUAAAUAAAAUUUCCAUAUACAUUAAUAAUAAUAUUAUAUAUAUAUAUGAUGAACAAGAAUGGAAACCUAUAUUAUUAGCUGAUUUGAUUAGCAGAAUUUCGAAGUAA